AUGUUCGCCAAGACUGCUUCUAUCGUCGCCCUCCUGGCCGCGGCCGCCUCAGCUGUGCCUACGGCCACCACGGGCGGCAACCUCGUCUCCCGCACCAAUGGCGAGCGCGCCAUUACCCACACGGUUGUCGCCGGCCGUGCGGGCCUCCACUUUGACCCCGAGAACGUCGUCGCCGAGGUGGGCGACGUCAUCGAGUGGCACUACCUGCCCGCCAACCAUUCCGUGGCCCAGUCCAGCUUCGGCGCGCCCUGCCGGCCCCUGAGCAGCGGCGCCGGCUUCUUCUCCGGCUUCCAGCCCGUCGCCUCGGGCCAGGGCCCGGACGUCUUCCAGAUCGUCGUGCAGAACAGCAACCCCAUCUGGUACUACUGCGCGCAGACCAAGGGCAACCACUGCCAGGCGGGCAUGUCCGGCGUCAUCAACCAGAAGUUUGACACGCCCAACACGCUGACCGCCUACAAGGCGGCGGCGGCGCUGACGGGCGUCUCGGAGGUGCCGGCGUGGAUCAACCCAGCCGAGAAUGUCAUUCCCAACCCCAACCCCCUGAGCGGUUUCUAA